AUAUUUUAUGUUGGGCGGCAUAUUUUAUAAAAUCAAACACACCGUUAACUUCUCUCCAUUUUCAACCCACAACAUAAAGCUGAGGAUAAAGAAUGAAUUUGACGGUGGGAGAGCUUUCAGUUCCAGUGAUUCGAGCCUUUGCUGGGGAGAAGGAGUGUAAAGGAAUGCGACGUGGUAGAGCACUGAGAAGGUUUGAUAAAGAGUUAGCAAAGGGGAAUUACAAAGCUGCUCACUCUUUGUUGAAGCAAUUACAGUACAAGACUGGUGGCCUACUUGGCUUCGGUUCUGCCAAAUUGGUGCCUAAAAGAUUACCAGCAAUGAAUAGACAAGAACUAUGUAUGGUUGAUGAAUCUUUAGUUGACUCAGUUCUGUGUUCAAUCAAAUAUAGCAUCGAGUUUGCUCUAUCAGAUGAGGAGGUCUUAUUAACGGGAAUGGAAGAUGAUCUGGGGAGUGAAAGCGAUGAUUCCCCUUAUGAAGAUCAUCAAAUGUGUUUGCAACAUGAGGCUGGCCAUUUUCUGGUUGGUUACCUGGUCGGGGUCUUACCAAGAAGCUAUCAAGUACCUAGUGUAGAAGAUAUAACACAGGACAAGUUUGCUCAGGGAAAUGUGCAGUUUCUUGGCUUUGAAUUUCUCAAAGAAGUUGAUAUGAGCACUAUCUCAAGCAAAAGCUUUACCCAAGGCAAGGAAAACAGGGCCAAGAUCUCAUCCCAGACUUUGAACAGGUUCUUGUGUGUAAUACUAGGAGGGUUAGCAGCGGAGCACCUGAUAUUCGGAUACUCAGAAUUACUUCACUCAGAUGUUCAAAAGUUGGACAGAGUGCUAAGUUGGUUGUGCCUCAAUGAGAAUGAAGGUAACUCUCUGGUAAGACGGGCUGUACUUACCACUUUGUCACUAUUAAGUCAUCAUCACGAGGCUCGAUCAAGACUAGCAGAGGCCAUGGCUUCAAGAAGAUCCAUUGGUUAUUGUAUUGAUAUGAUAGAGAGCACUUUGUGAGACCAUAUGGUUUAGCCUAAAUGAGUCACUGACUUGGGGGACCAUAUCAUUUUUAACUCAACAAGUUCCCCUUCCCCAUUUUCUUGCAGCAUCAGAAUACAUAAGAGAGGUUACCUAAUUCGGGAGACUAAAUAAUGCUACUCUCCAAUCUCUCAUAGAGCAUUAGAAACUCUAUUUAGUAAGUUUCAUUUACCCUAGUUGAAAUCACCUGGCCCUGCAAUGCAGUGUUAUUGAGAAGUCCUUUAGAAAGAAGAAAAGGAAAAGUGAGGUCCAGUGGUCUAGAUCAGAAGAUCACAUGUAAUGCUGAAUGUUUUGCUUAGGUCAAUUAAGUCGAACAUUAGAAUAUUAUGCUGCAUGUUGGGCCUACUCUGUUUGGUGUUCACUGGUGAGAUUACUAUAGAUGCAUCCUCGUCGAAGAGACCAUUAAACUCUGAAGUUGACUUAACCAACAAAGCAAAGCGGACUCUUUCUUCUCGGUCUAUGUCAGUUGCAAUCUGCAUCUAAGUUAUCAUGCAUUUUCGGAAUGGAGAAAAACAAAAAGGAAAGAGACGGAGCUCUCCGUCUUUUAACACUUUGGACUUGCUCCUUAGAUAGCAAGAAGCAAACAAGGGUAGGUUUUUAAGUUACUACAUAUCGACCUUAAUGACGUUACUGAUAGAUAGGUUAUUGAUCUGAUUGUGUCAUUAGAUUUCAGUUCUUUGUGAGUUAAUAUGAUAAUAUCAAGCUCAACUUGUAGGAUGAGCUAUUGUAUUUGAUCUUGGGAUUAUGUUCUGUGUUUGUGAAAAUAAAUCAUUUUGGG